GCCUAGAUGUGCAGCAUGUAUGCAGCUGACUGUAAACAACAUUAAACGGCUCUGACCCUGCUAGUGCACAUCUGGUAGAAGAAAUGUUAACUAAACUGCCACAGUGGUAAGUGAGGAAAAAACGUGAUAACCUUCAUGGAGUACCAUUCAAUGAGAGUAUGUCUGCAAAGAGGUCAACAGUGCUGGGGAAGACCCAAUUAGAAGAUGCUCCAGCGAACCAUGAACUGCCACAGAGGAAGGCGCUCUCCCUUGAAGCUCAACGCAUCUCAAACAUACUGAAAAACUGCAUUAGUGGUGUUGAGUUUGUAGCGAUUCUGCCCUCUCUCCUCCAGCUAAACAGUCUGUCUAGUGUCGUGGACAAAGAGUUGAGUAUAGCACUUCAUGAGCAUCAACUAUUAGAAAAAAGACUGGAGACACUAGAAUGUCUCAAGCAGGGCUCAGACCGGGAACAAGGGAGUAAAGCCAUGGCCCGGCUUGAGAAAGACACCAAGAACUCUUUGAGGGAUCUGUUCAGGCUGGCAAAGGCCCAUCCUGAAGCCAUUGCUGGUUUGAAGGCAGAGCUAGGUAUGAAACCUGCUCUAGGGGAGAGUGAGUACAAUCUAAUUACAGAGCUUAAGAAGUUUCAGAGACGUGUGGUUGAAAAGCUGCUGACCACUGUGGAUGAGGAGCUACGUCAUCAGCUGGUUCUCAUAAAGACUUCAUGCAACACCCACCAUCUGAAGAGCUUAGCUUCAUCGCAAGAAAGUCAAGCAACAUCCAUACAGCAACUAGAUGCAAACAUCUCUACGAUGAAUGAAAGGGUCCAAUAUCAACAACGUUAUUUGAAAGAUAUCAACACAUAUAUAUCACUUCAUCUCACCAAGAAAAGCCAGGCACAUACUGCUGCAUUAAGAAUGAAGAUUUCCAGUAAACCACAAGGUAUUGAUCAACUGAACAGUCUGCUCAACAAAUUGAUGUUUGAAAACAGGCAGGCAGAGAGAGUAAUCCAAGAGAAAAAUGAAAAGGUGGAGACAGAAAUUGAAAACUUACUCCAUCAUUUUGACACGGAAAUGGAAGAAAAACAGGCUAAGCUGGAGUUGAACAGAAUGGAUUAUGAAAGGGAGGAGGAGGAGCUGAAAAUGCUGGAGAAACUAUUUUCUGUCCUAGAGGUAGAGUGCACCCAGAUCCAAGAGAAGCGUCGGCUGGCAGAAGAGAAGAGAAGGGAGGAGGUGAAGGACCUGGAACUCAAGACCAAAGCUGCUAUUAUUGCACAAGCCUGGUGGAGAGGCUACAGUACGCGCAAGGCCUUAAAAAACAAGGGCAAAAGCAAGAAGGCCAAAAAAGGAAAAGGCAAAAAGACCAAAUAGGCUGCUGACUGGUUUAAUUACUGUAAUGUAGAGAAACACUCUACCUGAAUGAAAGUGUUUGGAUAUUU